AUGUUCAACUGGUACAAGCUGUCAGAAGUUUGCUUUGCUCACCUCGAAGAUUUGGACCUUCAUCGCGGUCCGCAGGAUGACCAGCUUUCUGGCUUGUCGUCUUGUAGAUGGUUUACCAGAGGAUGGACACUGCAGGAACUGAUUGCUUCACGAAAUCUUGAGUUUUACGACAGUGCUUGGAAUUACCGGGGAACCAAAGCAGAGCUUCAAGGCAGAAUCUCAGGCAUCACCGGUAUCGACAUGGCAGUUCUCGAAAACAAUGCUAUCUUGGAGACCAUACCAGUUGCGAAGCGCAUGUCAUGGGCAGCAAACCGAGAGACCACAAGAGUAGAGGAUCUAGCGUACUGCCUCCUCGGGAUCUUUGGUGUCAACAUGCCAAUGCUUUAUGGAGAAGGGACCAAAGCCUUUGGCAGACUUCAAGAGGAAAUCAUCAAAGAAACAACUGACCUCUCUAUCUUUGCAUGGAAAGUCAGUUUGUACGAAGGGAAAUAUCUAGGGAUAUUUCGGCCGCUAGGAUUUCGCGGUAUCCUCGCUCUAGCGCCCUCCGAGUUCGCACACUGUCGAAAUCUCCGCCGCGCUUCAACGAUGAGAUACGGGCACGAAUAUAGCAUGACGAAUAAGGGCCUCAGACUGGAGACAUUUCUUGGCGAGAGCAAGGACAAGGAAUACGUCCUCAACCUCGCGUGCAUAAUACCGGAUGACAAUGGGAGUGCGUCGAAGAUUGGAGUUUACCUUACAAAGACGGCGGAUGGCUUUGUCCGUAGCCGACCUUAUGAACUAUUCGAAACACAAGAUUCUCUGUUAUGGGCCGGUCCACGCCACAAGAUCUUUAUUCGAAAACAUGUCACGUCAUUUGGUUCCACUGACUUGGCAAGGCGCCUCGACAUGAAUAUUGCGUCGCAGUUCAAUAUUUGUCCUGGAUUCAAGCUCGCUUCUUUCGCAGCGAAGCCAGCAGAUCUAUGGGAUACCCUGCGUCAAGAAUUCGUCACGGACAGGAGCGAAAAGUUCACUGGUUUUCUCAAUUUUCAGCUAACAGAUACUUCCAAGACCUUUAUCUCUCCUCGGAUCUAUGUAGUCUUCGGCUUAGAAGCGGAUUCGUCAUCUGGGGACUUGAAACCGUGGAUGAGUAUUUAUAGCUCUACGGAUAAGCAGAGAUAUGGAAAUAUAAUGGACUGCGUCGAUGGAUACUACAGUUCGUACGGAGAGGAGUACUACCUGCAUCAACUGCGCGACUGUGUUCUCACUUCGGGGAAUAUUCUACCGCAGAAAAUCAGCCUCCCUUCCAGUGAUGCCGCGCAUCGUCUUCGUAUCUCUCUUGGGGCUCUUCAGCGAUCUCCUGGAAAUUCACAUACUAUAACGGUAAAUGUUUCAAACAUGGGAUGA